AGAAAACAACCCUGCAAUUCCCAAAUCGAAACAAAAAAACAGAGCAGUUAUUCAUUUCCAAGCAACAAUUUUUAGGGUUUUCAAUUUGAUCCCUUGACAAUGGCGGCGAUUUACAGUCUUUACAUAAUCAACAAAUCUGGAGGUUUGAUCUUCUAUAAGGAUUAUGGAUCAAAGGGACGCAUGGAUACGAAUGAUAGCUUGAGAGUGGCUAGUUUAUGGCAUUCGAUGCACGCCAUUUCACAGCAGCUAUCGCCUACCACUGGUUGUUCGGGAAUUGAGCUCCUUGAAGCUGAUACAUUUGAUCUCCAUUGUUUUCAAUCCCUUACUGGAACAAAAUUCUUUGUGGUCUGUGAACCUGGGACGCAGCACAUGGAGGCUCUCUUGAAAGUCAUAUACGAGCUCUACACAGAUUAUGUGUUGAAGAACCCCUUCUAUGAGAUGGAGAUGCCUAUUCGGUGUGAACUCUUUGACGUCAACCUUACACAGGCAAUACAGAAGGACCGUGUUGUGCUGUUGGGAAGAUGAACUGUUCUGGAACCUGUAUCUCACCAAAUUUUCACCUUAUCUUUUCUUAAUUUGUACAUUUAUAAACAGAAGAUUGCUGUCAAGUUUGUAUCAGCUAUGUUAACGUCGUAUUAAUCAAACUUUGGUGUUUGGUUCAUCAAUGCUGGAAUCAUUUACGGCAUUGGAUGAUCAGAGAAAUUAUCCUUCUCAAUUAACAGUUAGAAACUUGAUUUGCUCAGAUGUUCUCAAUUAAUGAAAAAUCAUGUUACAGGCCUGCUCCCCA